AUGGGAAAUUCGUGUGACAAAGGUAAUCUAGACAAACAUGAACAAGGUGAAGAAGGUAGUCAAAUCAGUCUGAGUUCUGAUUGUGAAAUCAAAUCAAAUAAUGAUUUAGACAAAGAGAAUUCACAAUCUGUAUGGUUUCGUGCACAAAAACAUAUUGUUGGUCAAGUCCUACAAAAUGAACAGUCUAUCAAAUCAACAUUCGGUGAAAGUGCCUACGAAUUACUUAAAGCUUUAUAUGCUUUAAUGAAAUUACAUAUGAAUUCUGAAACAAAUGUAGAACAAGUAUACAGUCAUCUGAUUAAAACAAUCGGUAAAAUUGUCUUGAUAUCACAACAACAAAAUUUAACUGAUAAGGAUUAUAAAAAUAUAUAUGAAAUUAUUGAGAAAAGUCGUAAAAUCGUUCUUACAGUAAUAGGCUUUGCACAAACUGAUUAUACUUAUAAUUAUAAUUUUCUUAAAGAACAAUUAGAUAAUUGUAAAGAUUUAGUAUAUCAAGCUGUUUCCCCAUAUUUAAGUCAAAAAUCCAUUGAACGUAUUAACUUUGUAUUUCAUGCAUUGAGUUCUAAUGAAUUUCUUGAUUCUGUAUAUGAUCAAACAGUUGGUGAAACAAAGAAGGUGUGUCUUCGUAAUUUAGUUGACUGUUUAACUUCAUUUAUGAAACGAGACAAAUAG